AAAUCAAAUCACGUAAAAAAACCAUUCAAUUCAAUAGAGGCAAAACCUGUCCCAAUUCCAUUCCAUUUCUGAUUGAUUUCUUUCUCAUUCGUUCCGGCCUCCUGCAGCCCUGGUUUCUGCGGGCGGAAUUCCAUACUGUCCUCCCCCCCACCUGCUCCGCCACUCCAAAUUGGCUGCAGAUUUCUCGUCUCAUGGCAGCCGACGUCUCCAUCCCCACGCAGCCAGCUCUCGAUCCCCCUCCACCACCAGCUGAUUCCUCCUAGUCCCUCUUCUCCUCUUGCGCCGACGCCUCCUCUCCCUCUUCCUCGUCUCACUCCUGCUGCCGCUGCCGCUGCCGCUGCCGUGGCGGUGGAAUCAAAUCAAAUCAAAUCCCGUCGAAAGUUGGUGGUGCUCCCUGAGCUGUGUGAUGGAUAUCCUAGUUCAAUUCGGAGACGCCACUGGAUUUCGGGUUGUUUCUCCAAUCUAUCAUCAUGUGUUCUAUCUGGGUGGUUUAGGUGACUGGUGCAGUGGUGCUUGGCGCUAGCGCCUUCCACGGUCACAGCUUUGCAGCUCUGCGGUGCCGCAUCUGUGCGGACUCCUCUGUUCUAUAGCUGUAACACAGGAACUGAGUUCUGUCAAGAUGACAUGUCCAAGAGGAUGGAGAUCAUUCCCCCUUUGUUUCUUUCUGGUGAUUUGCCUCAUGGUUCAGCUGGGAGCUUGCAAUGUUGUACUCAUGGCGAACAACACAACCCUGUCAUUCGAUGAUGUCGAGGCAACCUUUACUCCAGCGGUGAAAAAUUCAGGUGCAAAUGGUGUGCUUUAUGCUGCUGAACCUCUGGAUGCAUGCAGUCCGUUGACAACAAAAGCAGUUAAAGGAUCUGCCUCACCAUUUGCUUUGGUUAUAAGAGGCGGUUGCCAAUUUGACGACAAAGUUAGAAAUGCACAGAAUGCUGGAUUCAAGGCUGCUAUAGUAUAUGAUAAUGAAGACAACGGCGUUCUUGUUUCAAUGGCUGGAAGCUCAUCCGGAGUCCACAUAUAUGCGGUAUUCAUCUCUAAGGCCUCAGGAGAGGUGUUGAAGAAAUACUCAGGUCAAACUGAAGCAGAGUUGUGGAUAAUACCAACAUACGAGAACUCAGCUUGGUCAAUCAUGGCAAUUUCAUUCAUAUCACUGCUUGCUAUGUCUGCUGUCCUAGCUACUUGUUUCUUUGUGAGGAGACACCAGAUAAGACGAGACAGGGCUCGAAUCCCCCAAGCUCGAGAGUUCCAUGGAAUGAGCAGUCAAUUAGUUAAAGCAAUGCCAAGUCUCAUCUUCACAAAAGUUCAAGAAGACAAUUGUACAUCAUCAACAUGUGCCAUUUGCUUGGAGGACUACACUGUGGGAGAAAAACUAAGAGUGCUACCUUGUCGACACAAGUUCCAUGCAGCUUGUGUGGACCUGUGGCUUACCUCGUGGCGAACAUUCUGCCCUGUAUGCAAGCGGGACGCAAAUGCUGGAACAUCAAACCCACCUGUAUCAGAGUCUACCCCCUUGCUUUCUUCCGCUAUUCGCUUACCUGCUGAAUCAACCGCUUUAGCUUCAUUCCGGUCAACAGUGGCAGCCUCUCCCCCAAGGCCAAUCAGCCGGCAUCCUUCAUCACAAUCCAUAUCCCGUAAUUACUCCAUUUCAAGUUCUGGUAUCCCUCGCACCCCUAACCCCCAUAGGUCUUGUGCAAACUCACCUCCCAUCUACAGAAGCGGAAGCAAUGUAGACCUUGCAAAUAUGUCAUCCCCAUGGUCUCGCACAUCACACCUUGCAUCCGCGCACUCAUUGUAUGGGGGCCAUUUGUCUCCACCAAUCAACAUCAGGUAUACUUCACCACACGUCUCCUGUUCUGGCUACGGAUCUCCCAGUCGGUAUAUAGGUUCAUCACACUUUUCCCAUGGAUCUCCGAGGUAUUACCCUGGAUCUUCAGGGCAGCAGCACCCUUACCUGCGGCACUGCACACUGUCAGGCCCGAGCCUGUUCACCAUGGUGCCGCCAUCACCACAACAGACCCAGCUUCAGCAUGGUGGCGACUCGGAGACAAGUUUAUCAGCUGCGGCAUCAACUCAGUCAUUCUGUCAGCUCUACCUACAGCAUUGUCCUGACUCUGACACGUCAUCUCAGUCGCUACCAGGGUGCUGAUUUCUGCUGCAAAAUUCACCACUUUAACAGCAAUGGUGGCUUCGUGAGAUCCUGUGAGAAACCUUACCUGGCACCCAACUGACACGUUAAUGCGAGCUCAUCGAUGGCGCACCAUAAUGAUUGAAAAUCUGUUACGCACAACUGCUUGUAAGAAGAGAGAAUCAAGCAAUGGUGGCCGAGUGCACGGAGUGGGAGUAGUUUUGACUUGGCCUACUUUGAGGCAUGUAAUGUAGUUAAAUCAUAGGUUUUUAGUGCUCAAGAGUUGUUUUGUUUGUUGCUACAUCUUGAAGAAGCAAUGUCAGCUCCUGUCCGGUUUCAUGAGUGUUUAGCAGCUUGUAUUGAUGCAGCUUAGUAGGAACCUUACUACCUUAGAUGGAGUUUGUCUCUUGACUCUUGAGGUUUAAGCCUGUAAGAUCUCCUUUAAAAAAAUAAUUCUUGAAUUAGUUCGUAAGGGCUUUGAAAUAUGAAUAAUUCUUGAUC